AUGCUGAUGGGAACUUCAGAGGAUGAUGCCCAGCCACAUAUUCGCAUCUUUUGUCGGCCUGAGCUUGAGAAACGAGCUCGAAGUAUUAUUAAGAAAGAUAAUCACCUGAAUAAUCGCAACCCAAAGGACCCAAGCAUGCCGGCUUUUGAGAUUAUUGUCACGGGCCUACCACCCCAACCGCGGCUAUCUCUAUCAGAUAUCGAAGUAGUCACUACACACAAUGAAAUUUCUAGCAUGGAGACUUUCAGAGAAUCGCUUUGUGGCGUACCAAUUUCUUUCAAAUGGCCCAAUGGUAAACUGCGAAAUGCAACAUUUGGUGGAAUAAUUAAGAUCGUCACCGAGAGAGGCGAUAUAGAGCUUCUUGGAAUGACCGCCGGCCACUCGCUCCAUGAGUGGGAUCACAACGUAGAUGCAUACGUGUCUAACAUCACAAAUAACGAAGACAUUGAGAGCUCUGAAGAUUCUGACGACUCUGAAGACUAUGAAGAGUCUGGAUACGAGUCAGGGGAUGCCCGAGAUGGGGUACAUUCAGAUCCCGUGUUGAAUCUAGAAUAUUCGAAAGAUUCACCAUGGCCCUGCCACGAUCUUCUUAUCGCGGGCCAAGUUGUUGAACUCCCCAGAGCAGACAUACUACCCCAGCCUCGGAAAUACUACGAUUGGGCUUUGUUCAAAACUAAAAUAUGCAAGAUGAAUCGUGUACCUGCUGAUAUUUCAGUCGAUAUUCUUGAUGUAUCCCAAAAGCGACCUGGGGCUACUGGGACGCGGGAUGUUCUCGUGCUUAGUGGUUCUGCAGGCUGCAAGAAGGGAUCUCUGUUGGGGGAACCCGGUCGGAUACUACUUGGGGACGGGGAACAAUUCGUUGAUGCCUUCAUGAUCACUCUGAUUUACGAACCAGGGAUACUUGACGGAGACUCUGGAUCAUGGGUUAUCGACGCAGAGUCCUUCGAGGUUUAUGGACAACUUGUCGCUUCAGACGUGCUCGGCGGCGCGUACGUUAUACCCAUGUCAGAUAUACUUGGCGACAUUAAGCGGAAAUUCGGAGCUAAGUCUGUGGAAUUACCAAACCGGGCCGACAUUCAACUAACUAACACCAUUGAUAAUGACGAUUCUACUAUGAGUAACCUCAUGCCUUCCCGAGGAGAUGAACCGCCACCUGGAUUGCCACCUAUGUCGCUUAAUUCAUACAUUCUGUCACUUGAAUCCUCUUAUAGCGACGGAAUGUAUGGUUACUAUGCUGUAUCCAACCUCAAUAUCGCUGCUAGGAGUGAUGUGCUUCGACUUGGCACUGUAUUCAGAGGCCGUCACAUGCUUGUGCCGGUUAAUAAUAAUGCCGACUAUGUGCGUAUCCCCGACGAUGAGAUCCGUACUGUGACACGGCAGAAGAAGUUUCACGGGACGCUUAAGCAGCUCCUAGGUCGAGCCGGGGUUCCAGGGUCAGAACUCAUCAGGGGCCCAAAGCGGACUAAUAAAGAAAUGUUCUCCUGCGAUAAUAUCACAACGAUCUCCUUUAAUCCAACAGAUGAAUGGAUAAAUAAAUGCCUAUCAACAAAGUCUAUCAAGGAUGAAAUUUCUAACUCAAGAUAUAAAAAUGAAUUUUAUAUCGUGACAGAGUUGAAGGUAGUCACAAACCUAACGUUUGAAAGCACCACGCGGGAGGCUAACGCUGUGGUGGAAGUACCUCCAGCUCCAGGAAUAAGCAAUACCGAAGGAAGCAUAAAUAAAGGCAAAGACUAUACACUAAGGCGUCCAUCUACGGAUAUAGUUAUUGGGUUUUGUAUCCGGGAGUAUCGAUAUCAAAGGCAAGGCACGUCCAAAAUGUUGUCCGGUAGCAUGUAUAAUAUUAUUCGGCACCCCUUCGGUGAGGAUGCUGAGGAUGCUGGAGGUACUUGGGCUGCCAGUAGUACUUGGGCUGCCAGUGGUCCGAAUGUUGUGGGAGGGGUUAUUUGGGAUGCUUCCAAGGGUUCUAGACAUUGA